AUGAUUUCUGAAGCUGAGGCGAGAAUCGGUGAGGAGACCUCCGCGGUGCAAUCGCAUAAGCGGGGAAAGAGCCCGAAGAAGCAGGCCAUCAUGGCUGCCGCGCCUCACCCCAGCCGUAAGGAGUUCCUGAGCGGCCUGAAGCGCCGAACUCAGAUGUGGUCCCAGAAUCGCUUCAGGGUGGUCCUUCUCACCCUCCUCGUCCUGAUGGGGCUGUGCUACUACAUGAGUCCUGGAUUCUUGAAUUCUGUGUCGCCAAACGAAUAUCUGUGGAGCAAUGAAGGUCCUAGAGGAGAAUCUCUGGAAGAAACUUCUACAUGGGUGUCUAUGUUACAUUUCUUCUUUCCAACAACAUGUAUUCCAAAGGAAAAUCAGGAGUUGAAGGCUUGCAAUGAUCGGCGAGAUCUUAAGGAGAGUGAAUGUUUGGAAUACAAAUGCUGUUAUUCAUCAUUAAGAACCAGUAACUUCAGCUGUUUUGCCCCAUUAAAAGAUAUCUAUUCAGUCCUUCAUCAAAUAAAAUCCCAAUUGGAAAGACAAGUAAGUGAGCAGGAGGUGUGUGAUGUGGAGAUGGUUAUUAACUGCAAUUCAGAAAUAUCCCCAGAAGUCAAAUGGGCCAAUCCUUUACGAAGAAAAGCUAAUCGAAUGUUAAAGGGGUUGAAGAAACAAAAAAACAAACCGAAGAAAGAUCCCCCACUGUUAGAGGCAGCAGUGGAAGAUGAGGAAGAACUGAGUGAUAAAAAGAAGGAGGAGACCAAAGACUGUAGAAUGAAUGGCAAGAGGCGAAGUGAGGACACCAGUGAUGAGCCUGUUUCAGCAAUAGGUUUAUUGACGAAUGCAAGAUUAAUGCAGAUCGUGUUGAAUGAAGAUGUGACAUGUCACAUGGAAAAAGAGGGUGUAGAGCAGCAACUUUCCAAGUGA